AUGGAAAAGGGUAUCGAGCCCACCGGGGCCAAUGGAGACGGCACCAUGGCUGACGAAGCCUUGCUCAUCAAGGAUUGGGACGAGGAGACCGCUGCCUAUUAUGACCGGCUACGAAUGCAGGCAACCAGUCGGGCGAGCUCUCCCACUAUUAAUUCGACGGAGCCAAUAAAAGUUGCCGUCGAAAUUGUCAACAGGGCCAAGGAGGCUGAGAGGGCCACCAGAAGGGCUGUCGAGAGGUCUAAGAGGGCCACCGAGCAAGUCCCAGAGGCACCCACAGCUACAAACAUCUCCAUACUUACCGAGGCUCAUCCCACGAAUCCUACGAAUCCUACGACGGUUGUCAUACACGAGAUUGAGAAGAAGGAGAUGGGAUGUGACAAUGCUGAGAUGAAUUCGGGCACGGCGGCCACCACCACCACCAUGACUCUUGUGUAUCGUGGUCAGAAAUCUGGUAGUUGCAAAUGGUAA